UGUAAAGACAUAAGAAGUGAUACAAAGCGUUAGAGGGCUACCGAAGAAGAAGAAGUGGCAAAUCAACCUCCUACUCGGCCUUCUUUAUUAUCUUUCGGGUUUCCUGCAGCUACGAGAUUGUCCACCCAUUCCCAACAAGAGAUAUUAGUGCAAGAAAAUAGUGGGAUGCUUAUCGGCCUUAGAAACUCAGGAUUAGUAGAUACAUAGUUUCAAGAAGACGCAGACCACUCAGGGAUCUGCUGGUCACCUCUGCAUUCAACAGUUGAGGGGUAUACAGUAUCUAUCUAAAGCUGAGGAUCAAGCUUGCAGUCAUGGCAGACAAUAUGAGCCUGGAACAAAUGUUCAUAAUGGAACCAGACUUCUGUCCAUCGUGUGGAGCAAUUUUAGCACUGCCAACAAGUGGUCAGGCCAUCAAGUGCAAAGUUUGUGACUUCAGUAUAUCUAUUCAGGUGUUGCUAGGACAAACCACCACCACCACCUACCAGUUUAACCCUUUAGGAGUGUACUCCUCCUCCAAAAAGGUGCCCGAGGGAGAAGAGGAGGAUGAGCAAGGUCAGAGGGAUCCUCACCGAGAGUGCAGUAAGUGUGGCCACAUGGGAAUGUCCUACACCACCAUGCAGCUGCGCUCAGCAGAUGAGGGCCAGACCAUCUUCUACAUGUGUCCAAAGUGCAGACACCGAGAGGUAGAAAACUCAUAACACAAACACGCUGCAUGUGGUACAGGAUCACCACCACCCAGAGUUCCUAGAGGGUGCAGGAGGUCCUGUCGCCUGAAUGUUAUUGGAUCUCCACCCCCAAAACGGUAUCUCCAUUUGAGCAUAGAUUUAAGUCAACAAUACAUAGGUUUCUAUACAGCUAACCCUCAUUUUUACAGAUCUCAAUAUAAUGAAUUUUGUUUAACAAACUUUUGGGGCCAGUCUUGUAUAAGUGGGGAUUAUUGAACAAGUUCAGUAAGUGUGGGGUUCAGUUCGGUGGUGGGCCAGUCAAACUCAUACAUGCACAUUGGUCGGCAGCUGUGGAAACAAAGUCGACCAGGCACUGCACAACUAGUCAAGUUUAAUUAUAAACAGAUAUGGCCAAAUAUAGCUAACUUUCAGCUUAUAACGAACAAAGUUCAUUAAAUGCAAAAAGUUUGGAUCCUGUCAACCCCUUCCCUCAAAAUAGUCUGUUAAAAGUGAGGGUGUACUGUAUUAAUGGUAUUUUAACCUCUUUCACAGAGUGAAAGAUGUAAUGAUAGAGCUUUGAUUAGAGGAGAUGAAGGAAUCAUGUUAAACAAGUACUUUAUUAACAUAACGAGUAACAUUGCAUCCAUCCUCAAAAUAUAGGCCCUAAAAAUUCUAUUAAUUACAUUAAAUUUUCAUCCAACCCCCAUAAUUUCAUUGAUUCCAGAGGAAGCAAAUAUAAUUUUCCUCUAAAAAUGUAUGAUACAAGUAAACAAUAUAUAUGUAAUUACAAGGAAAAUAAUUGUUCAUCACAUUUCUAGUUGAAAAGUGAAAGGCUUUAAGUAAUAGUUUGCAUAAAAAAUAAACUCAUCCAUGUAUUGAAAGUCACAAGAUUGUUGUUCUACUCAUUGUAUCAAAAAUCUCUAUAUAACAGACUUUGA